ACAAUGUGUUUCAGAGAGGGAGAGAGGGACAGCCACCACAGCCCUGCUUUCACAGAGAGGAUUCAUCCCGGGCUUUAACUGAAAUAGGUGCCCGUACUGUUUGUAUUUAGGUGCCAGAACUGCAGUCUUUUUAGACCAAUAUUCUACAAGAGGUGCAGGAACUCAAAGCAGUUGAACAUUUCGCCUUAGUUCCAGUGCGUUCCCGCUCAAGUCAAGCACUGGAUUCACCAGACAGACAGACAGACAGACAGACAGAACGUUAGUUAUGAUUGACGGUAUAGAGGAGGACCUGUGAAACUCUACUACUAAAACAAACAGCUGUUUUCCUCAGUGGCUGGAUACGGAUUACAAAUAUGGAGACCCUGCUGGCUAAGGCCCUGUAUGAUAACAUAGCCGAGUGCAGUGAUGAGCUGGGCUUCAGGAAGGGAGACGUGGUUACAGUGCUGCAACAGGAAGUAGAAGGGAGCUGUGGUUGGUGGAUGUGCUUUCUGUCUGGACGGCAGGGCCUGGCCCCAGCCAAUCGCCUGCAGCUCCUACCACUGGCCCCACCCCAGACCCCGGCUCAGACCCAGGGCGAGGUUCCUGGUGCUGGUAGUGUUGACCCAGGCAGCAGUCAUGACAGUGACUCUGAUAGGCCGGGGAACCUCUACCAGAUCCCCAGCAUAUCCCGACACACCCAGUCCUCCAGCCCCGCCUACGAAUGCAUGGACCGUGCCUACAAGGCAUCUGUCAGCAGUGUGUUCUCUGGCUGUUCCAAGGGAGAGGUCUAUGAUGUCCCCAGCCUUGUCAGACGAGCCUCUCUAUUCCCUGCAUCCACAACACCGCGACAUUUGACCCAGAAGGCGUCGUUGAUGAAAACCUCUGACCUGGAGAGACAAUUUGACACCCGGAGCAGUAGGAGGCGCUGCAGCCCCAGUCCCAGCCUGGACUAUGUGUAUGCUGCUCCUCCCACGGUGGUCCCAGACCCCAGCUAUGACAUCCCUAUCCCCUCCUCCGUCCCCCCCUCCAUCCCUCCGGCCUCAGUCAUCCAGCAGAGGCUAGUGGCCGGAGGCUACAAUACCUCACACAGCCCCCAGAGACAGCCUAGCAGUUACAGCACCCUUCCCAACCCCCGCAAGUCAGACUGGAUCUAUGAUGUACCCAGCUCUCCUGAUAAGCCUGGUGGUGAGCCUGGGUACUACACCAUUCUGCCAUCUGGUGGCCAACCUGUAUAUUACACACACCUGCCAUUUGGUGGCCAGCCUGGGUACUACACCACCCUGCCUUCCAAGGCCCUGAGCUCUGACAGGCAGCUCCACGACACUCUGACAGACCGUAACUGCUCUGCUCAGUCCUUAUAUGACAUCCCCAAACCUAGAUCCCCUCCCCAGGGGUCCAAGGACCCCCCCAACCCCCCCAGGGUCCUCCCCAGGCCUCCUCUCUACGACAGACCCCCAGGGCAGAUGCAGAUGGACAAGGAGCACUGUGUGUACGCUGUCCCCCCUCGGGAGCAGCUCUCAGUCUUCGUCCCCCACAGAGGACACCAUGUCCCGUUGGAGUGUCGGGGGGACUCUGGUCCUACCUACGACCACCCCAACCCCCAGGGCAGGCUGCAGAGGGGCCGUCUGGGGCUAGUGGCUGGGGCUCUGGGAGCCAGGCCUGGUAGGGGAGACACUCUGUUACAGGAAGAGGAUGAAGAGAGCGGUAGAACGACAACGUCAACAUCAGACAAACAGAGAAUCAGCACAGCCUCCACGUCCUCCACCUCCUCCUCCUGCGACUCCCUGGCGCUGUGCUCCUCUUCCUCCCCGGAGCCGCAGCGGGAGGUGUGUCUGAGCCAGGAGGAGGCGUGUCGCAGGCUGCUCAUCCUACAGCAGGAGGUGUGCAGGGAGGUGCCGCGACUCAUGGAAUUCGUCUCCUCUAGCUGGAGGAGCAAGGAUCACCUGGAAAAGCACCUCACGGAGAUCAGGUCUGCAGCAGAGGGUGUGGCGGGGUCGGUGACCUCCUUUCUGACCUUUGCCCUGGAUGUGAAAGGUAACGCCCGGCGCCUGACCGACUCCAACCUGCAGGCGCGUCUCCAGCGCCAGCUCUCAGUGUUGGAGGACUCCGGCCUCAUCUUGCAGCAGGCCGUCAACUCCCUGGGCGUCGCCGGCUGGCCCCUCCCUUUGCUGGCCCAGGAUCCCGCCCAGAACCACACCCCAGACCAGCUAGACAGCCUCGUCAGGGUAACCAGGACCAUCCCUGAAGAUGUCAAGAGAAUGGUAUCCAUCGUCAAUGCCAACGCCAAGCUGCUGUUCCGACCCAGUACCAGUACCACCAAUAAUACCAGUACCUCUACCAGUCAGUUUAUGAAGAAGAGAACAGAGCAGGGAGAAGACUCAGGAACAGAUCAUCAUGACAAUGCCCAGAUACAGGAGGACCAGAAGCUUUGUGUGUCUGAGCCCCAGGUCUGUGUGGACGGCCCUAGGAGAUCUUCAGAAUCCCUGUCCCAGAGGAAGCCCUUCAUCUCUGACUCUGGUGACGCCCCCAGGAGGACCUCUGAGCCCCAGGUCUCCCUGUUUGCUAGGAUGGCCUCUCAGUCUGAGCCCCAGGUCUCCCUGUUUGCUAGGAUGGCCUCUCAGUCUGAGCCCCAGGUCUCCCUGUCUGCUAGGAUGGCCUCUCAGUCUGAGCCCCAGGUCUCCCUGUCUGCUAGGAUGACCUCUCAGUCUGAGCCCCAGGUCUCCCUGUCUGCUAGGAUGGCCUCUCAGUCUGAGUCCCAGGUCUCCCUGUCUGCUAGGAUGGCCUCUCAGUCUGAGCCCCGUGUCUCUGAUGUCCCUAGCCUUGGGAAGUCCUUUAACUCGCAGGUAGACAGCCCUAAGAGACAGCCCACCCUGUCAGAACAUUGCCGGCUAUACUUCGGGGCGCUGCAGAAGGCAAUUUGUGUGUUCAUAACCAGCCUGGACAGCCAGACCCCGGAGAAGUUCAUCUCCCACAGCAAGCUGAUCAUCAUGGUAGGCCAGCGACUGGUGGACACGCUGUACCGAGAGGCCCAGAAAGGAGAGGCCCAGAGAAGGGAGCCCGGGUCAGUGUCAGGGUUGGGGCCCAGCCAGAGCCAGAAGCAGGUUCUGCUGUGUAAGUGCAACCACAUGUGUGCCCUGUUAAAACGGCUGGCUGUGGCCAGCAAGAAGGCAGCUCUACAUUACCCUGAGAGACAGGCUCUGCAGGAGGCCCAGGACUUCGCCAAGGAGCUGGCUCAGAGAGCACAGCACUUCAGGAUCUCCCUGGACCUCUGAGAGAGACAGACUUUUAUCUUAAGGACGCAACAGACAGUGCCCACGAACAGUGAAAAGCUGUCCUAUCCCCUCUGACCACAGAACGUCGCCAUAACGUUGAAUCGGCACCGUUCAUAUUUUGACUGUAUUCUGUUUCUAUACGAACCCAGUUAACCUAUAGCCUUCUACUACUGUUAUGUACAAAGCCUUCUCAAAAUACAAUUUAGUACAUUCCUAAUUUUAAAAUAUGAUUAAAAGGAUUAAAUAGUUGGAAAGAAUAAAAACAAGUUCACAGCUUAAUGAGAUAAAAAAAAAAUGAAUAAUUAAAAACAUUUAUUUUUGCUUCAAUGGUUUUGGUUUCACCAUUUCACUGUCCUUGUUCUGAAUGUGAGUGUAACGGAUGUGAAACGGCUAGCUUAGUUAGCGGUGCGCGCUAAAUAGCGUUUCAAUCGGUUACGUCACUUGCUCUGAGACCUUGAAGUAGUGGUUCCCUUUGCUCUGCAAGGGCCGCGGCUUUUGUGGAGCGAUGGGUAACGAUGCUUCGUGGGUUGACUGUUGUUGAUGUGUGCAGAGGGUCUCUGGUUUGCGCCCGGGUAUGGGCGAGGGGACGGUCCUAAAGUUAUACUGUUACACUGGCUAUAUUAAGGAUCAGAAAGGCAACUGUGUUACUGUCCUGUUUUGACCAUGUUGUAUCAUAGCUACAUGGUAAAACACACGUUAACAAUAUGCAGACAGGGAAGUCAAAACACAUCAACAGACAAGAUUCUGUAUCGCACUUUGUGACAUCGGCUGAUGUAAAAAGGGCUUGAUAAAUACAUUUGAUUGAUUGAUUGAUUGAUUGAUGCAGACAACACAGUCCAAACACAGCAACAGACAGACAACACAUCAGCACUAUAUCGCCCUCUGGUGGUACUGGGUCCAUUAAAAAUAAACAGCUUUUGGAGAGAUUGCCUGCCUGCCUGCCUGCCUGCUUGCCUGCCUGCCUGCCUGCCUGCCUGCCUGCCUGUCUGUCUGUCUGUCUGUCUGUCUGUCUGUCUGUCUGUCUGUCUGUCUGUCUGCCCCAUACCUGGUUGACAUGAAUAGAC